CGACUUCAGACCUCCGCCAACUGACCUCAGCCUGUUACCAAAGUUCAGGUGCCUUUUAGCGACUCCACAGCAUGCUGCCUGGGAGAGCGGCUGAUGUCCAGCACUGCGUCCUGACGAGCCGCUGGCUGCCUGCAGCUCUGGCGCUGCUCCUCCUCCUCUCCUCCAGCUUCAGCAGUGCUCACAGCACCACGGUGGAGCACGACUUACACAUUGUUCACAAUGUCGACAACAGAAGUCCAGAGAUAGACCCGUUCUGGUACGUGGGGCGUGGGGUGAGACCCAUCGGACGCUUUGGGAAGAGGCACAGCAGCGUGGAGGCUCUGGGCAGCGGCGGGAUGCAGCCUACCCUCAGGACGUUAGAGCUGCUGCUCAACAGCCUCAGAAACAAGGAGAACCUUGGGAAGGUGCUGGAUGGGGAAGACAGGGAUUGGUUACCGUGACAGCGAGUCCUCCUCCCUUCAUCUACAAACUCAGAGUGUCUUCAUUUUUUAUCUUGAUUGAGGUUACAUACUCUUUUGCUCUAGCUCUUAACUGUAUUUCUCUCUGGUGUCUGUUAUGAGGCCUUGGUUGAUAGGAUCCUUGAUAUCUGUAAAUAAAAAUGCAUUCUAUAUUGAUUAAUAAACCAGGAUGUUGUGAUUAUA